AUGAUAUUCCUUUCUUAUAGUUUAACAUUAUCUAUCUAUCUAUCUAUCUAUCUAUCUAUCUACUAUCUAUAUUUCUCAUCCCAGGCCGCAUCCCAGACCAGACGAGGAGUUUUUGCGCAAAAACAGCAGGGCUUCCUCCCAAUCCAUUUCAAAGCUAAUGCCGGCAAACUGUUAGCGGCUUUUCGUUGUCGCACAAAACAAACGAGCAAACGCUUCAUUGCAGCUCCUUGCAUUCUCAUCACCGGCAUCACAGCCCGCCAUCGAAAAGCUACUCGCAAUGCAGCCGACGCCGCUGCAACAUACAUUCGACGGUCCCAGCAGACCACGGCUGAGAAAAACGCACGUAACGUAGCGAAAGCUGCGCCAAUGUCCAUUCGACGGUCCCAGGAAUCCAUGGUUGAGAGAACCGCACGACAUGCAGUCGAUGCCGCUGCAACUUCUGCUGCAAGGGUGUCGGAAAGGCGGCAACGCGAUGCAAUUUCAACUUCCGCUGCUAGAGCUGUAGAAGGACCUACUGAAAGGCUUGAAAGGUUGCAGACUGUUAACCAGCACCGCCAUGCACAGCGAGGGCUCUGUAGCCCAUCAAAGCAGUUUUGGUUUAAGCUGGCGUUCAACUAUGAGCCAGUUUGGAGGCUUUCCGGUCGCAAAGACCUCCAAAUAGGAUCCAUAGCUAUCUGCUCCGUUGAAAGCUCUGUUGGUGGGUUCCAGUCCAGACUCAAACAGUUCCUCGCAAAAAUCAGACAGUACACUUGUUCCUUCCAGAUGACCUCUUUUGGUGGUAAUGCCUUCCGCCAAGUCGCUGACUACAAUCAACAGGCAGUUGCCUGCAUGGGCAUUAUUCCCGAGAACGAUACAGGCCAGGACAAUCAUCCUCGCAGGGAUAUCAUAAUGUGUCUCCAACUAAUGCUCCUCGAGACAAACAGCUAUGUUUGCAGUUUUAAGUAUGCUCUCGAAAAUAACACUUCUUCUGAUUUCAUUAUUGUAAUUGAUGCUGACAAACGGCCACGGGGAGAGCACGAACGUCGUUACAAUGCUCCCGCACGUAACGAAGUUUCCGUCAUUGUGAGCGUAUUCAACUUAUACUCAAAAUACAUUUAUUCCCAAUUAUUCGUCAAACCUACCUAUCUAUCUAUCUAUCUAUCUAUCUAUCUAUCUAUCUAUCUAUCUAUCUAUCUAUGUCUGUCUAGCUACCUAUCUAUCGCGCAUGCCGCAUACAGUAAUUUACUGAAAAUCACAUAUUUAUCUAUCUAUCUAUCUAUCUAUCUAUCUAUGAAAUGA